UACUCAGCCCCACCCCCCUCCCUGCCUAACUCUCCAUCGUGUCCUCUCGAACACCACGGUUUCAACAUCUCCAGCACCUGAACAGUGGUGAGGAAGAUGGCUCUGCUCCACCUCCUCGUAGCCUUCAGCCUGGCUCCUCUGGUGGCUCCUGCUACAUCCUCCCUAGCAACCAACUCCCCUCCACCCAACUCCUCCCUAGCAACCAGCUCCCCUCCACCCAACUCCUCCCUAGCAACCAGCUCCCCUCCACCCAACUCCUCCCUAGCAACCAGCUCCACUCCACCCAACUCCUCCCUAGCAACCAACUCCACUCCACCCAACUCCUCCCUAGCAACCAGCUCCCCUCCACCCAACUCCUCCCUAGCAACCAGCUCCCCUCCACCCAACACCUCCCUAGCAACCAGCUCCCCUCCACCCAACUCCUCCCUAGCAACCAGCUCCCCUCCACCCAACUCCUCCCUAGCAACCAGCUCCACUCCACCCAACUCCUCCCUAGCAACCAGCUCCACUCCACCCAACUCCUCCCUAACAACCAGCUCCACUCAACCCAACUCCUCCCUAGCAACCAGCUCCACUCCACCCAACUCCUCCCUAACCCCAAACCCCACCAGCAUGCCUUCCACUAACACCCUCUCCUCCACCACCUCCUCCACCCACACUGUCCCCCCCUCCUCCUCCUCCUCAACCAAAAACAACUCCUCCACAAAAGGCGCGGGGUCCGGGUUAACGGGGUCGAAGGCCGUCCUACUGCCGAUCCUGGUCAGUGUCAUCGUGCUCGCGCUGUUGCUCUGCAUCUUCAACGAGUUCUGCGCCAGUCGCCCGUCCGACAGGUGCAGCUCCGCCCCCACGCUCCUAUUGGGGGCGCUGGAGCGGAUGAGGGGCCGAGUCGGCGACAAGGAGGAGCAUUUGGAGCUCCACCUCCCUGGAGACGCUGAGGAGGAGGAGCGAGGAGGCGGAGGCCACGGUGGGAGGGGGGGUAAGCAGGAGGAGGCGGGCGAGAAGGAGCCAGCCCGGGCUGGAGGAGAGGAGCAGAAGGACCCAAAGGGAGGAGGUUGGGGAGUAGCACCAGGACCUCCUCACGCUGCCGAGGAGCGUCUGUUUGACGUCACCAUAUUGUAGAGGGGACGGUCAGCGACUGUCGUAGCCUAGGGGCAAGCCAGUGGUAGUCAUCAUGGCGAGUGGUUUCAUUCACAAACACCAGUAGGUGUUCAGAACACACCGACAGGUUCAGAUCCCUCUGGACACACCGGACAGGUGACCCCUGAACCAGGAAGUGACCUCAGUACCAGGAAGUGAACCCAGCACAUGUUGUUUUAUUGAACAUACUAUGAAUGAAUCAAUAAAUUACAUCUGUAGUAAU